AUGAGGGGUGGUGGUGGACGGUCCCCCUGUCUUCGAGCCCUGGGUGGACAAAGGGGCUUCCAGAAAGAGAGGAAGAGGAUGGCCAGUGGGAAUGGGCUGGCUUUGUCCUCAGCCCUGGUGGCCAAGCGCCCCUCCGCCCUGGGCCCGUUCCCCAGGUACAUCUGGAUCCACCAGGACACACCCCAAGACAGCUUAGACAAGACUUGCCAUGAAAUCUGGAAGAGAGUUCAGGGCCUGCCCGAGGCCUUGCAGCCCAGGACCUCCAAGGAGCAGCUCUCUGCCCCCAUGGCUGGCACCCCAAGAGACAAUGGCCUCAGCUUCCAAGAAGAGCCUCUGGAGCUCACCAGUGGCAAAGAUGAGAUCUCCUUGCUGGUGGAGCAGGAGUUCUUGAGCCUCACCAAAGAUCACCUCAUCCUGGUCACAGAGAGCUCAGGGGAGCUGCAGGCGCCCAGCAGCUCCCUCGAGGGGCCCGGGCAGCCGGCUCCCUGCCUUCUUGUGCCUUCGCUGGUGGCAGGCAGCAGUGAACGCCCAGGAGCCUCCAUCAUUGCCGGUGACAAGCUUCUGGAGCCAAAGGUGGCAGCGUCCGUUAUCGGCAGCCGGCAGGACUGCAAUUCUGCCAUGUCUAUGGUCACGGGCACUCUGCGUACCGCCAAGGUCAAGAGUGCCAAGGGGACAGAGGACAGGGGCAACAGCCUGGGGGCCUCCAGCUCGGAGAGCAGCACGCUCCUGGCUCAGUUCCCACUGAAGUCCACGGAAACGUCCAAGGCCCCCGACAGCAAGACGGUGUUGGAGGAGAACAAGAACAGGGUCAUCAAGGACUUCCUGCAGAACAGCAUGUUCAAUGGCCCUGGACCCGGGGAGCCCGCGGACCUGGGCCCAUUCCUGCUUCUGCCUCCUCCGCCUCCUCCAGCGCCUCCCGACAAGCUCGACAAGCCCCCCAAACUCCCUGCUCAGAGGAAGCAGCUCCCAGUGUUUGCCAAGAUCUGCUCCAAGCCCGAGGCUGACCCUGCCAUGGAGGGGCACACGCUGAUGGAAUGGAACCCUGGUGCCGAGCAGCUGACCAAGGGUCAAGAGAGCCUCUUUCUCAGUCAGUGGUCCCAGAGAUGGCAGGAGACCUGUGGUAAGGAGGGUGGCAGUGACCCCAUGGGCUCUAUGUCCAUGGCCCUGCCUGCCAAGAAGCCUGCCUGGCCGGCCAAGAAGAACCUGCUCUGUGAGUUCCUUGGGGCCACCAAGAACCCAAGCAGACAGCUGGAGCUUCGCAGCAAAGUGGAGGUGGACGGGCUGGAGCUGAAACUUAACCCGCCCGUGACGGGGGCUGACAAGAACAACCUCAAGUACACAGGGAAUGUCUUCACCCCACGCUUUGCCACCACCUCGACCUCAGCGACCGUGAACCAGCCGCUCUGGCUCAACAUGAACUAUCCACUUCUGCCCGUGUUCACGAAUCCCUCCACCUUCCCCCAGUACCAGGGCCUGUACCCACAGCGGGCGGCCAGGAUGCCCUACCAGCAGACCCUGCACCCCCAGCUGGGGUGUUACUCACGACAGGUGACGCCACACAACCCGCAGCAGAUGGGACAGCAGAUUUUCCGCUCUUCCUACACCCCGCUGCUGAGCUACGUCCCCUUCGUCCAGUCCAACUAUCCGUACCCUCAGAGGACAGCUCAGAAGCUGGCCAGAAAUCCCCGAGACCCCCCCGCCAUGGCAGGAGAUGGGCUGCAGUACCCCUUCCCCCAGGCGUAUGGGUUCGGCUCGACAUCCGGUGGGCCCCUGAUGAACAGCCCCUAUUUUUCCUCUAGUGGGAAUGGCAUAAAUUUUUAG